AUGGACCUCGACGACCCCCAAAACAGCCCGGCGGACGGUGAAAAGGAACACCGAUUAGCCAAUGGAGAGCCGUCGCAUUUUACCACCAAGGCGGACGAGGCAACGCUCGCUGUUGGAGCUAUCGAAGCUGCCCAUGGCCCGAGCGCCAAAACAGCAGCCAAUUCUUCCCCGUCGAAGAUCGCGAAGCAGCAACCAGGAGCAACAAAUCAUUCAACCCAGGAAGGCCAACACCAACCGAUACCGUUCCCACCCAAGUUCCCGGCUUUGAGGACUGACGCGCCCGCGCCUCGCAAGGACACACUUGAACAAUUCAAUAUUGGCGCACUCGAAGAAAAAUUCAAGAUGUUUGGACGACCGGCCGGUGGCUUGAGCAUCAACACUGGUGCCGCCAAUGCAGGUACUGCCACAACUUCCGCACCUAGCGGUGGCGGAGGACUCUUCGGAAACUCGACAGCAGCGACUACACAGCCUGCUACGGGCGGUCUUUUCGGCGGCACUUCGACGGGAGGAGGAGGUCUCUUUGGCAACAAGCCUUCGACACCACAACAACCAGCGACCGGUGGCCUUUUUGGAGCGGCACCAGCACAGCAACCCCAGCAGCAGCAAAGCGGCGGCGGUCUUUUUGGAGGGGGCCAGACUCAGCAGCAGCAGCAGCCUGCACAGCACACUGGAGGAGGAUUGUUUGGAGGUGCUGCGACCCAGCAACAACAACCUCAGCAACAGCAGAGUGGAGGGCUUUUUGGUGCAGCCCCCGCGAAGCCGGCGACGGGCGGUCUUUUUGGUGCGAGCACAGCGCAGCCCCAGCAGCAGCAACAGUCAACAGGAGGUCUCUUUGGCGGCGGCGGCAAUGCACAGCAAACCCAGCAGAACCAAGGCAUGGGUGGUGGUCUUUUCGGACAGAGCCAGGCUCAGAACCAACCGAAGCCCGGCGGUCUCUUCUCUGCUCCCGGCUUAACUAUGGGUCAGUCGACGACGCAGCAAAGCGUUCCUGGCGUGCGAGUAGACAUGUCGAAUAUCAAGGGCACGACGCGAUUCAACGACCUAGAACAAUCCAUCCAGUCCGAAAUGGAGAACUGCGAUCUCAUGAUCCAGCGCUUCAUGGCACACGCAUCCGAAAUUAGAGGCUUCAUGGCCGCUCACGGUGGUGACCUCGCACAACUCACCAACGACGUCAACUGGCUCCAGCGCAAGUACGAGGGCGUCAAGACGACGCUGGACGAGGAUAUCGUCACUCUGGGACACCUCAAGGAUUUGGUCAAGUCCGACGCGGACAUUGCCAAGAUGGCGUUCGCAGGCGCCGACCAGCUCAAGCUUCCCGCACACUACCACCAGACCUGGCUCACCCGCGGCGGAUCGGGCGGCAACACGACCAACGGCAACCAGGACCGCAACCUCGAGGACGUGCUCACUCUCUUCUCCAACGAGGCCGACCGCCUGAAGGAACUCAGUCAGUUCCAGGUCCAGAAGAUUAAGGAGAUGGAGCAGCACAUGCCUGGUGUCGAACACGGUCUCUACGAGCGCGUACGAUCCCUGCGGGACCAGACCCAGGUGCCGGCCUUCAACAUGGUCCUCGACCUUCUGGAGACGAUCAAGAUGAUGGGCGACAAGAUUUACGAGGCCGCGGGUAGCAUCGUUGACGUACGGGAAAAGCUUACCCAGCUCCAGCGCCAAUACCCCACCAAAUGA